UUUCCUCUCUCCCUCUCCCCUGAUCACUCUUUUCCUCUCCUCCCAAUCCCCCUCUUUUCUUAUAGCCUACUGUGGAUAGAGACGGAACAGGGACACAUCUGGUCCGCUGCAACUGAAUCUGGAGAGACAAACACCAACCUUUCACACAAAGCUAACUUGGGUUCUCCUGCUGUCCCCUGCAGAUUGACGAGGGAUGUGUCUGCCUGGCCGGCACGGCAGCAAGGUCAAUCUCUGAGUGUGCACAGAGUGACGAUUCUCCCGGACAGUGUUGACUCUCCUGGUGUUCACAGCUGUUGUGGACUCCACCUGCACCCAUCUCUCGCUCUGACGUCUCUGAAUACCAACAAGGAGGAAGACACAGAAAGGCAGGCAGGCCGGCAUUAUGUUGGAGGAAUUCUGUACCAGCAACACAGACGGGACAGAGACGAGUGCCGAUAAGAUAGAUCAUGGGAUUGUAAGGCCCAGGAGCCCACAUGGAACCCAGCGGAGAGUUAAAGUCCAACUACACUCUCAUGACACAGACGCACCGCCACCGCCAUUCCAACCGGAUAAACACUCCAGCAAUGGCUGCCGUUCAGUGGAGUCUCUGGAUGCUGGAUCGAGACAAAGAGUGUGUGUGACUGUGCGGCCUACCAGUAAACCUUCAGGCUGCUGCUGUGACGUAAGCCGCAGGAAGGGCCUUGGGCCUUGUGUACUGUGCUGCAGACAAAGUAAACCGACCACAGACGUCUGCAAUGACUCUGACAGUAUCACUCCAGUCCAGAGAGCAGGGAUCUCACCUCAGACGUACACAGCGGAUAAAACAGGAUAUGUUACACAGAGCAUUGUGGGUACUGUAGUACAUCAUGGUACAGAUGUACGUAGGAGUGUCAAGGAGUUGGAGUCGCAGGAGUUGUCUCCUCUGUGCAAUGCAAGGACACUACCAGGUGAGGGCAAGAACUGGUUUCAGAGCUUGCUCUACUCUGGUACCUCCUUAGGUGAUAGAGGCAAGGAGGCUGUAGGGGGCAAAGUGUCAGGCUCAGCAUCCUCAGUCCCAUCUUCCCCCACAAGAGUCGCUACGGGCAGCUUCGCCUUCUGUCUCGUAGAGGAGAUGACGUCAUCAACAGUCGCUGACACCAGCUGUGCCCACGGACUCAGAGAUGGGCACAUCAGCCCAGGGGGCAAGGCCAAAAUGCAAAGGUGCUCUACACUGGCACUCCUUCCCACCAGCCCUCCCAAAAGUCCCACAGCUUUGAAGAUGGCCUCAGACAAUGGGUUAGGAUUUGACUGCGAGACUGAGGAUAGCUUUGUAUAUAAUAAGAGGGAGCGUUCAACGGUCCUGGUCCGUAGGUUCUUGAGGGAUAACCAGAGGGUGAAGAAGUCUGUGUGUACAGGGACUAGGGCAAUCAUCAGGACAUUACCCUCGUGGAGGAUCAGUGAGGAAGCGUGGGAUGCUGUCUGCAGAAGGGACCGUUUCUCUGGGCCUAGUGAAUACAGUCGCUUGAGUGGAUACAGUUCAACCUCUCAGAGUCUACAUCUGCAAGCAUGUAAACCUCACCUUGGAAAAAAAGGAGACAUGUUUUUUGAGGCAUGCCAUGCUCUGAGUGCUGAAGUAAGGGUGGCCAGAUCCGGAGAGCUACUCCUUUCUUCCAGGAAGCUGCUGUCGUCUGCCGAGAGGAGGGAUCUGUGUCGUAGGAGGGCCACAUUGCCAUGGCCAGGAGGAGGAGGGGCGUCUAGCUACCGAGCAACCCUACAGAGGACUGACGUUUCUGCCUACAUUUCAGGGACCCUCCUGGAAGUGGUUCUGUCCAUCGGCAACAGGGGAGACUCUCCUCCCUGUAUCACCACAAGUCCAUUGGGCUGGGCUGUCCUGAAAGAGCGCCAGCUGCACUCCCCCAUGGCGGGGUCCAGCGUGGUGCCGGCAGCUCCGCUGACAGAGGUCAACAAGGAGCUGUCUGACCUCUGUCCCCUGGUCAGUUUCCCGGAGGAGAUGGCCUACAUCCUCAUGGAGCAGGAGCUGCAUCUAUACAGCCGGAUCUUACCCCUGGACUACCUCUGUUUCCUCACCCUCGACCUGGGGGGCCCUGAUCAGCCACAGCCCCAGGGGCAGGCACACCAACCUGGACAACCCCAUCUUAUGGCUGGCUGCAGACGGCCCCACAAUGCUGUAGAGGACCUGGUCACAAGAUUCAAUGAGGUGAGCUCCUGGGUGACGUGGAUGAUUAUGACAGCCGGUUCUAUGGAGGAGAAGAGAGAGGUGUUCUCAUGUCUGGUCCAUGUGGCCAGGUGCUGUUGGAACAUGGGAAACUAUAACACCGUCAUGGAGUUCCUGGCUGGACUCAGGUCUCGCAAGGUGCUGAAGAUGUGGCAGUUCAUGGAGCAGUCGAACAUCGAGACCAUGCGUGCUCUGAAGGAUGCCAUGGCGCACCACGAGACGUCUGCAGAGUACAGGAAGGUAGUCUCGCGUGCCCUCCACAUCCCGGGCUGCAGGGUGGUGCCCUUCUGCGGGGUCUUUCUGAGAGAGCUAGGGGAGGCCCUGGAUGGAGCAGCUAGCCUGAUCAGCCUCAGACCACGCCUCAGCUCACUGGACUCUGUGGAGUUUCUCUCUGACUACAACGGACAGGACAACUUCUUGCAACGUGCGGGGCCAGAUGGGCUCAACCAACAAGAAAAGGAAGGAACUGUCAAUAACAUCCUACAGACCAUCCGUAGCUGCAACCGCAGUAUGGAGUCUGAGGAUGGGGAGGAGUCCGGAGGGGCUGGUGAUGGGAGCAUCCCUGGUUCACGUAAAAACUCGUUCAUGGACGGCUACCGCAACCAGUUCACUGUGGGCGAUCUCUCCGACUCUGCGGGUGACCCAUCUGACCUAUCACAGGCAAAAGACCCAGACCUCCAGGGUAGUGGUGAGAGGACUCAGAAGGCCUUUGCCCAUGGUACGGAGCUCAUCCCCUGGUACAUCCUUACCCUCCACCCCCACGUGCAGCACUUCCUCCAGCAGGGCGCUACUGUGAUCCAUUACGAUCAGGACUCCCACCUCACCGCCCGCUGCCUGCUCAGACUCCAACCUGACAAUUGUGUCCUCACCUGGGCCAAGCUCCACAGUGGUGGUGGGGGCCUCCCUGGUUCUAGCUCUGUCCCUGACUCAUCCAAGCUUCGGAGCCCCACCGGGUCAGGGGCUGGUGGUCAGACCCUCCCCCACUGCAGGCCUCAGUACUGCGGGCAGUCCAUACUGAAAGGCCUGGCGGAUGGAUUCCUGGAUCUCUCCGUGGCUAAAGCUGUCUUCAUGGGCCAUCCAGGCGCUGACAUUCAGGCGGUAUGCCUGCAGAACAAGCUCUCAUGUGGGUUGAGUCUGGAGGAGUGUGGGGUGACUCUGCUCUAUGGGCUCCAUACAACAGACAAUAGGUUAUUACACUUUGUGGCCCCCAGAAACACAGCUAGGAUGGUGUAUUCUGGGCUGCAGGCCCUGUUAGCUGCUCACAGGAGGAUGAGGAGGUUCCCUGAUCAAAGGCUGCAGUGGCUCCGUAGGAAGUACAUCAACCUCUAUCAGGAGGAUGGCAGGUACGAGGGUCCGACACUAGCCCAGGCCAUCGAGCUGUUUGGAGGCAGGAGAUGGAGUGUUGGUGCUGGUAGCAUGGAGAAGUCUGGAGCUCAGAAGAGCAGCCAUCUCACUGUGACCUCCAAUCAGAAGACUGGUAGCUCUAAUAAAAAGAAAAAGAAGGCUGUGACUAGGGGGGACAGUGGGGAUGCCACAGAUGAUGAGAUGGUGUCACAUAAGGUGAAGAGUGGUUGGGAUAUCUUAGUACGGAGUGCACCGGACCCAACAGACAACAUGGACCAAGACCAAGAUGACAACAGCUCCUAUGGUUUCCCAGGGCCUCUCUCCCCCUCCAGCAGUAGAUCCAUGGUCAUUAGCACAUCUUCCUCCUCCAUCUCCUCCUCCUCCUCAGCCUCCAAUCAGAAGGCUCAAACGGGUAAUAGGCCCAAUCAGACACUACCUAGCCGGGGUAAGAGCCAAUCAAAGAGCUUCCAGAACCUCAUGGUAUCAGAUGGCACCAUGAGCUUUACUGAGUUUAUUGAGCUCUUUAAGUCCUUCAGUAUCCGGAGUCGUAAGGACCUGAAAGAUGUGUUUGAUGCCCAUGCUGUGCCCUGUGGUCAGUCUGCCUCUGAGCCUGCUCCUCUCUACACUCACCUCAGCAUCGACGACACAGUCACAGAACUGCAGCCAGACCUGGACCUUCUGACACGUAACAGCCUGGAUCUUGGCCUUUCCAUCCGGAUCAAGCGACACAUGUCAGACAAUCAGAAGCAUAUUUCAGACGCCAUAGCUGCAGCCAGCAUCGUGACCAACAGUACUGGCGUGGAGAGUGUCUCGCUGGGAGCUCUGGGCAUGACCAUCAUGCACCUCAAUGACUUCCUGGUUAACUGUCAGGGAGAGAACCACUCGCAUGAUGAAGUCCUAAGAAUUAUCCAGAAAUUUGAACCGUCUGCCAGUUUGCGUCAGAUUGGCUGGAUGUCCUUUGAGGGAUUUGCACGGUAUCUGAUGGACAAGGACAACUCUGCUUCCAAACUGGAGGAGUCUCAGCUGAAUGUGUUAGAGCUCCAGUACCCUCUGUCUUACUACUACAUUGCUACAUCACACAACACCUACCUGACUGCCCACCAACUCAAGGGAGAGUCAUCUGUGGAGCUGUACAGCCAGGUGCUCCUGCAGGGAUGCAGGAGUGUUGAACUGGACUGUUGGGAUGGAGACGAUGGCAUACCAAUCAUCUAUCAUGGACACACCCUCACUACCCGCAUACCCUUCAAGGAUGUGGUGGAAGCAGUGAACCGAUCAGCCUUUGUGACCUCUGACCUGCCUGUGAUGCUGUCCAUAGAGAAUCACUGCUCCCUGCCGCAGCAACGCAAGAUGGCCAACAUCUUCAAGACUGUGUUUGGGGAUAAGCUGGUGACAAAGUUCCUGUUUGAGAGUGAUUUCUCGGAUGACCCGCUGUUGCCAUCACCAUGGCAACUGAGGGGGAAAAUCCUCCUCAAGAACAAGAAGCUGAAAGCUCACCAGACGCCGGUGGACAUCCUCAAACAGAAAGCUCACCAGUUGGCACAGAUGCAUGCUCAGGCCAGUAGUGUGAUGCCUCCUCCCUUCCCAACCAUCAACAAUGAGGAAGAAGAGGAAGAAGAGUAUGAGGAUGAAUACGACUAUGAGUACGAAUCACUAUCUGAUGCUGACGUCCCCACUUUAUCUCCUGCUUCUUAUGUCCCAGAAGAUAAUAUCCUGGAGGAUAGACCGGAGGGAAAGUCUUCAUCAGGGGAGAAGUUACAGACUGAACACAGUGACGAAGUCCCCAAGAAAAUGAAGAAAUGUGAGAGUGCUACUCACAACAAAGGAAAGGUAUUUGGCAAGGAGUUGGAGGAAGAAUUCAAGCUGCCUCGAAGCAAGAAGGAAGGACGACAGAUAGCCCAAGAGCUCUCAGAUCUGGUGAUCUACUGUCAAGCUGUCAAAUUCCCAGGUCUAUCCACCCCAACUCCAUCUGAUACUCCCAGGGAGAGAAAAGAGAGAAAAGAAGUUCUUUCUUCUAGAGGAAAGGGCAGGAGGUCCAUCUUUGGGAAUCCCCCAGGGAAAGGUUUUCCAGGGGACCCAUCGGCAGUGAUGCGCACCCCAGGGCGAGGAGCAGCAUCAGAGGGCCCCCGUCCCAACUGGGAAGAAUCAGCCACCUCCCCUCCCUACACCUGUAAUGCCUCCCUCAGCUCCCUCAUCCGCACCCCAAAAUGCUAUCACGUCUCCUCAGUCAAUGAGAACGCUGCCAAGCGCCUGUGUCGCCGCUACUCCCGGAAGCUGAUCCAACACACCAGCGCCCAGCUCCUGCGAACUUACCCGGCAGCCACACGUAUUGACUCCACCAACCCCAGUCCCCUACUCUUCUGGCUGCAUGGAAUACAGCUGGUCGCUCUCAACUACCAGACCGAUGACCUGCCCCUGCAGCUGAACGCGGCCAUGUUUGAGCCUAACGGGGGUUGUGGGUAUGUACUGAAGCCCCCGGUCCUGUGGGAUGCCAGCUGCCCACUCUACAGACACUUCUGCCCCCUUGACAGAGACCCAGAGGGCAUGAGCCCCGCCUUGUUCACUCUCACUAUCAUCUCUGGUCAGAACGUAUGCCCAGGGACCACAGCAGGCAAUCCCUACAUCGAGGUAGACAUCAUGGGCAUGCAGGCAGACGGGUGCCACUUCCGCACCAAACCCAUCCACCGUAACCCCCUGAACCCCAUAUGGAACCAGAGCUUUCACUUCCCCCUACUCAUGGCUGACCUGGCCUUCCUACGGUUUACUGUGGUGGAACACAACAGCUCCCAGACCACGGCUCAUAGGAUCAUACCACUCAGAGCACUCAGGACAGGAUACAGACAUGUGCAGCUGAGGAAUCAGCACAACGAGGCCCUGCCGGUCUCUAGUCUGUUCAUCUACAGCCAUAGAACUGAAGACAGUGGAGCAGCAGGUUCACAGCCUGCAUCACGGCUCUUCAGUACAGAGGAUCGAAGGGCUGCUGUGCAGUACAGGGUCACCGUACAUGGAGUCCCUGGGCCUGAGCCUUUCAUAGUGGUCGGUGUGAGUGAGAGGACCACUGCCAGACAGCUCCUACACAUUAUCCAUCCAUCCCUCUCCUCCUCCACUUGCUUCUCCCUCUCUUCUUGCUUCUUGAUGGAAGAAAGGGUGGCAUUACCCCGGGAGAGGGGGGAGAGUAGGGGUGAGAGGGGGGAGGCUCGAAAGCCUCUCCUGCAGAGGACCAUCAGGCCUGAGGAGGAGAUAUUCAGGGUCAUUCAGAGUUGGAACCCUGAUGAAGGCUACCUGGGCAGAGUGUGCCUCAAAACGAGAGAAAAGCCUUUGAAUGAAGGGAAGACAGAUAUAGAGAUGGAGGUAAGCUGUGGACUGGAGGAUGAUUCCUUCCUGGUGGAAGUACAUGGAGUGUCUCCUGACCAAUCACAGAUGACCCUCAGAGCUCCCCGACACAUCACAGCCAAUGACCUCAUCCAACAGACACUGAGCAAAGCCAGACAGUCCAGCGUCCUGCUGUCUGCGGGCAACGCCAGCGACUACAUUCUGAUAGAGGAAGUGGUCAAGGAGCCCCUGGGGCGCAGGCUCCCUGCCAAACCCACCCAGAGGACCCUCCUGGACCAGGAGUGUGUAUUCCAGGCCCAGGGGAGGUGGAGGGGUCAGGGGAAAUUCAUUCUCAGACUCCGGGAGCAGGCUCAGGGAAAGGAGACAGCUCAGCGUGAAGAAUGUAUCAGACCAGUUCGCGAGGAUCGGCGGAAAGGAAUAUCGUUGGCAAGCGAGUUGAAACGACUGACAGGCCGGAGCCGGGCCGUAUGGAUCGGGGCUCACACCUGCUCUGAGGUGGUGCACAGCAAGGAUGAGAGGGCAGCGUGCUGCCUUCAUCUGAGCGAGACCAGAGAGUGACGCUAGUGGUUCUCCUCUACACCCGUUCUACUACACGCAUACAAGGCAGUCUAAUUAAAAUUUCCAAGCUGGCCUGACAGAGCAGAUGUGGAAUUGGAGCCGUGCAACUCCUGGGUAUCUUUUGUCACUCGGGGCAGUCCACAAUCCAAUAAACUUUAACUUAAUCUACCUGGAGCUGGCACAAUAUCAGCAUGUGAAUUUAUUGAAGACUUGCAUUAGUUCCUCAAACUAACGCCUAACACAAUCUUCUGGCAUGCAAAGACCCAGGUUUGAAUCCAGUCUGACAUAAGAGACAACUGUAGGACAGAUACAGACCAGCAGAUGGUGAUAUUGUGCUUUCCUAUGGUUCCAGAAGACCUCAACUUGACAAGUCUGAAGUGGUUGAAGAAUCAAUCAAUCAUCAGACAGAGCCGAUUUCACCGGUCAUCCCUCAAACCUAAUUUAUACAUUAAAGCCUAUGGGUUUUGUUCAACCUUUCACUACUUUACUGCUGGUUUAAAAUACUGUGACAUUACUAUUGUAUUACUAUAUAACAUUUCCCCAGUGCUUUAGCUGUAUCCUUUGGUCCAUUUCUUCAGAAUGAAUCUCUGCAAUGACAGACUUGAAUUUGACACCAAACCGCUGUGAUGACUGAUACAAGGGCUUGAUCAAUAAAGUUGAACAUUUUAUUUCAAAGCUA